AUGGCAGAGCUAGAUUUAUUAAUCCGGCAGCGCGCGGCUGUUAAGGGAAAUCUUACGCGGCAAAAAUCAUAUCUAGAGCAAAUUCAAGACGAGGAGAUAAGCGAACGUAUAGUCGUGGAACUAAAACUAAGGCUUUCUAAGGUAGAAGUUUUAUUAGAUAAAUUUUAUGAGAUUCAAGAUGAAAUUGAGAGUAAAGUUGAGGAAAAUCAGUUAGGGGCGCAAGAGCAGGAACGGGAAAAUUUUGAAGUUUCAUUUUAUAGUACAGCGGCUGAUUUUCAAGAGAUUUUAAAUGGUAUUGAGACAAGAAAUGUUUCCCAGAAUGAUAGCAAUGGCAUGGUACCUACUGAAAAUGUAUCUUCGGUAGUACCGCAAAAAAUUGUACAAUUGCCUGCCUUAAAAUUACCUACAUUUAGCGGCCGAUACGAUGCUUGGGUCGAAUUUCGCGAUGCAUUUAAAGCGUUAAUACAUGAAAAUUCCGGAUUAACUAAUGUGCAAAAGUUUUAUUAUUUAAGGUCGUCCCUUAAGGAUGAUUCUUUGAAUUUAAUAGAGUCUAUACCAGUGUCAGAUUCUAACUAUCAGGAUGUAUGGCGGUUGUUGCAUGACAGAUAUGAGCAAAAAUCAUUAUUAAUUCAUAAUCAUUUGAGAUCAUUAUUUGAAUACCCAGUAAUUGACAGGGAAAGUCAUGCCAAUCUUCGCACAUUUUUUGAUUCUAUGACAAAACACGUUAGGGCAUUAAAAAUUUUAGGGGAAGAAACAGAUAAAUGGGACAGAAUUUUAAUUUAUUUGUUUUGUACGAAAAUGGACAAGAAUACGCGAAAAGAAUGGGAAAUAUUUGAUUAUAAGGGAGAGCUUCCGACGAUGUUUGACUUAAAUAAAUUUUUAAAGCAAAGAUGUGAUAUUCUAGAGAAACUGGAAGUGACAAAUAAAGGUCCUCAAAAAGAAUACGAAAAUAAAAAUAAAUAUAUUGAAAGGGGUCCUAGGGUGCAGCAAAAAUUCAAUGCGUACAGUAGCUACGAAAAACCGGGUAUAAGUUGCUUCUAUUGUAAACAAAAUCAUACUAUAUUUAGAUGCGAGAAAUUUUUGAAUUUGACAAUCGAUAAAAGGUCUAUUGAAAUACGCAAGUUGAAUUUAUGUAGCAAUUGUUUCAGGCGAUCACACGAGCUGAAAGACUGCAGACAUUCCGGUUGUAAAAAAUGCGGAAAAUAUCACAAUACAUUACUGCAUAAUCCUAGCGUCAAUGCCACCACUAUACGACAACAAGCGACCGAGCGAGGGAGCGAGACAACCGCGAGAGUCACGCAUGAUACCGAUGGUGACGUACACGAGGCUCAAGUAAGCGGCGUUGCCACGGUUAGUUUAAAUACCGAGAUUUUUCACGAUACAGGGGAAUUGGUUUCGCGCGAGGGAAAAAUGGAAUCAGAAGACAAUGAGACUAUGCAUGCGAUGAGUAGUGUUUAUAAUAACACAUAUUAUGUUGGUAGUCAGGUUAUGCUACCUACGGCUAUUGUCAAAGUGGUUGAUUCAUUUGGUAAUUUACGCGAGUGUAGGGCAUUAUUAGAUAGUGGUGCGCAGAGCAACUUUAUUAGUGAAAAAAUGAGUAAACUUUUGAACUUGGAAUUAUUUCGAGGGAAUUUUUGCAUAUCAGGGAUAGGCAAUGGCAUUUCAAAGAUAAAAAAUAAAACAAGUGUUAAGUUGUUUUCGUGCGAUGAGACUUUUAGUAUGACGAUCGAAUGUUUAAUUAUGCAAAAAAUAACAGAUAAUUUACCUACAAUUUCUUUUGACAAAACUGAGCUAGAGAUACCUAGGGAAAUAAAAUUAGCCGAUCCUAAUUUUAACGUAAAAGGAGAAAUUGACUUGUUAAUUGGGUCCUCCGUGUUUUGGGAUCUUUUAUGCGAGGGAAAAUUACAUGUGAAAAAAUCGAGAAUUAUUAUACAAGAGACCCGUUUAGGUUGGGUAGUAGGCGGUGUUAUGGAAUUGUCUAGGUUUACACCAGAAAUUAAUAAUACGGUGGUAGGUUUGUCUUUGGAUAAAAUGAUCACAAGAUUCUGGGAAAUCGAAGAGAUAGGUUUAGAGAAAGUUUUGAGUGAAAGUGAUAGAUAUUGCGAAGAUCAUUUUACUAAGAAUUUUCAAAGAACUCAAGAGGGAAAUUUUGUUGUUUCCAUACCGUUUAAAGAGAGUAUUAAGAAAUUAGGAGAUUCUAGGGAGAGGGCUUUGCAAUAUUUUUAUUCACAGGAAGUUAGGUUAGAAAAGAAGCCAGAGUUAAAAAGGGAAUAUAUUAAGUUCAUGAAUGAAUAUUUAAGCAUGGGUCACAUGAUUGAAGUGAAAGAAGGUGAAUUUGAUAAUACUGUUUCAUAUUUUUUGCCGCAUCAUGCUGUGGUACGUGACGACAGUGUGACCACUAAGGUGCGUGUGGUAUUCAACGCUUCAAUGAAAACUAAGUCAGGUCUUUCACUUAAUGAUAUUCAAUAUUGUGGUCCUACUCUUCAAGACGAGUUAUUAGCAAUUAUAUUAAGAUUUAGGAAGUAUGAAUAUGUUAUGACCGCGGACGUAUCCAAAAUGUAUCGUAUGAUUUUAGUGAAUGAGAAUGAUAGAAGUUUGCAGCAAAUUUUCUGGAGGCCUGAUGCAUCUGAAGAAGUCAAGAUUUAUAAACUUAAUACAGUGACGUACGGUACGGCGUCUGCUCCCUAUCUUGCGGUGCGUUGUUUGUGGCAAUUAGCCAAAGAAAACUCAACAAACUAUCCAGAGGCAAGUGAUUCUAUUCUUAAGUCAUUUUACAUGGAUGAUUACAUAGAGGGCGCUAAUAGCGAAAUGGAAUUACUAAAAUUACAAUGUGAGGUAUCUAAUAUUUUGGCAGGGGCUGGAUUUGAAUUACGAAAGUGGCUCUGUAACAAGAAAGAUCUAUGUGAAAAAUUUAGAAUAAACGAAGAGAUUGAUUCAAAAAUAAUGACAUUUGGGGAAAAUGAGUCAAGUAAAACUUUAGGUGUUGUUUGGAAUGCUUGCUUAGAUAACAUUCAAUUUUCAGUCAAUAUUAGAGAAUAUAAUGUAAUAAAUAAGCGUAGUAUUUUAUCAAUGAUUUCGCAGAUUUACGAUCCGUUAGGUCUUGUAAGUCCGAUUAUUAUAGUGGGUAAGCUAUUAAUGCAAAAACUAUGGGAGGCAAAGAUAGGAUGGGAAGAUGAAAUACCUAGUUCUAUUAAGUCAGAUUGGUUGACAUUUAAAAAUAAUUUAACUUACCUGAAUGAUUUAGAAAUCCCUAGAAGAGCAAUGUAUUUGAAUUAUGAUAUUAUAGAGCUGCAUGGAUUCAGUGAUGCGAGUCAAAAGGCGUAUGGUUGUUGUAUUUUCAUAAGGAGUAUUAAUAAAAAAGGCGAAUGUAUUUCUAAUUUACUUUGUUCAAAGUCGAGAGUGGCUCCAAUUAGGCAGGUAACACUGCCGAGACUUGAGCUGUGUGCUGCGUUGUUGCUUGCAAAAUUGGCACAAAAGGUUAUUCAACAUUUAAAUAUUAAAUUUAAUAAAAUUUGCUUGUGGUCAGAUUCACAGAUAACUUUAUACUGGAUACAAGGGCCUUCGAAUAAGUGGAAAACCUUCGUGGCGAAUCGCGUGAGUGAGAUACAACAACUUACCGAUGCUACGAAUUGGUAUUAUGUGAAGUCAGCUGACAAUCCCGCUGAUUUGAUUACGCGUGGAACGGCUGCUACUGAAUUAUUAAAUAAUAAAUUUUGGUGGUCAGGGCCAGAAUGGCUUUUAAAUCCAAGUUUUGAGCCAACAAGUUUUCAAGGUAAGGAUGAUUUUAAUUUUCCAAACGAGUUACCCGAACAAAAAAUUAUUGUAAAUUUAACAAUUGAACACUUUGAUAUAAUUUCAAGGUUUUCUAAGUUUUCCAAGUUAAAAAGAGUUUUUGCAUAUUGUUUACGUUUUUUGUGGAAUGUUCAGUGUAAGAAAAAGAAUUUAAUUAAAAGAAGCGGUACAUUGUCUAUAGAAGAGUUAGAUCAUUCUGUUAAUGAGUUAGUUAAAAUAGUACAAAAAGAAUCAUUUACAACAGAGUAUCAAAGAAUGCAAGAAAACUUACCUAUAAGUAGAAAAAGUACAUUGUUAUCGUUGAAUCCUUUAAUGCAUAAUGGAAUAAUAAGGGUAGGAGGUAGAUUGCAGAAAUCAAACCAUGAAUUUGACAAAAAACAUCCGAUUAUAUUACCUAAAAAUAACUUACUAACUACACUUAUACUUACAGAAGAACACAGGCGUCUUAUGCAUGCAGGACAUACACUUCUUUUAUCGUCAGUUCGAGACAAAUUUUGGCCAAUUUCGGGCAGAAAUCAAGUAAAAAAGGUUAUAAGAAAUUGUGUUACAUGCUGCAGGUUAAAUCCUAAAUUUAAUACUUACCUUAUGGGCGAUUUACCUGAGAAUAGGGUCAAUCAAUACUUACCUUUUUAUAACACUGGUUGUGACUUUGCCGGACCUUUCUUGCUUAAAGACCGAAUGACUCGAAAGCCAAAUUUAAUUAGGGGCUAUGUAUGCAUAUUCGUAUGUCUUGCAACAAAAGCUAUGCAUCUUGAGGUUUUAACUGAUCUUACUACUUCUUGUUUUUUAGCGACUUUCAAACGUUUUAUCGGUCGACGCGGGAAACCUUUAAAUAUUUACACAGACAAUGGCAAGACAUUCGUGGGAGCAAAUCGUGAGCUAAAGGAACUAUUUAAUUUCAUUAAUAAUCAAUAUCAACAGGAAGAUGUCAAAUUUUAUUUUACAGAACAAAAAAUAUGUUGGCAUUUCAUUCCUGCUCGUGCACCGAAUUUUGGCGGGAUCUGGGAAGCAGGGGUUAAGAGUUUAAAAUUUCAUUUGAAACGCGUUGUCGGUGAGGCUCACUUAUCUUAUGAGGACUUCGCGACGGUUCUCAUUCAGAUCGAGGCAAUACUCAAUUCACGUCCUAUUUGUCCAAUUUCACCCUCCCCAGAUCAACUUAAUCCCCUAACUCCAGCUCAUUUUCUUGUUGGGAGAAGUCUAGUAUCACUCCCAGAAAAGUCUUACAUUGAAACCUCAGAAAAUCGCCUAACAAGGUUCCAGAGACUUCAGUAUAUCGUCCAACACUUCUGGAAGCGAUGGCACCAAGAGUACCUCCAUGAACUGCAAUCCCGGAGUAAAUGGAAACACGGUGAUCCCUGUCCUAUUAAAGUAGGAUCCAUGGUGCUGGUGAGCGAAGCCAACAGUCCUCCUUUGCAAUGGCCUAUGGGAUGCGUGCAGGAGUUACAUCCCGGGGUAGACGGUGUAGUGAGAGUGGUGUCGGUAAAGUUUAAGAAUGGUGUCUAUAAAAGGCCUGUUACAAAAUUGUGCCUAUUACCUUGUGACAGCAGCGAACCAACUAAACUGUAA